AUGGCAGAUGCCAGAGUUUCUCAGGAUGAGAUCUUGUGUUCGGUGUGUCUGGAUGUCCUGAAGGAUACGGUGACCAUCCAGUGUGGACACAGUUACUGUAAGAGCUGUAUUACUGACUUCUGGGAUCAGGAGGAUGAGAAGAGAGUCUACAGCUGUCCUCAGUGCAGACAGACCUUCAGUCCAAGACCUGCUUUAGCUAGAAACACCAUACUGGCUGAAGUGGUGGAGAAACUGAAGAAGACCAAACUUCCUGAUGACUGUAAAGCUGGAGCUGGAGAUGUUCAGUGUGACGUCUGUACUGGAAGAAAAUACAAAGCUGUCAAGUCCUGUCUGGUUUGUCAGGAAUCUUACUGUCAAACUCAUUUUGACCAUCAUGAGGAGUUUCAUUCACGUAAACCACACAAAGUGACUGAAGCCACUCGGCGACUGCAGGAGAUGAUCUGCCAGAAACACAAGAAGUUUCUUGAGGUUUUCUGUCGCACCGAUCAGAAAUGUAUAUGUAUGCUGUGUACGAUGGAUGAACAUAAAAACCACGACACUGUAUCAGCUGCAGCACAGAGGACAGAGAAACAGCACCAGCUGAAGGAGACUCAGAAGACGCUCCAGCAGAGAAUCCAGCAGAGAGAGAAAGAUCUCCAGCGGCUGAGAGAGACUGUGGAGUCUCAUAAGCGCUCUGCACAGACAGCAGUGGAGAACAGUGAGAAGAUCUUUACUGAGAUCAUCCGCUCCUUUGAGAGAAGACGUUCUGAGCUGAUACGACUGAUCAGAGAUCAGGAAGAGCAAGCAGUGAGUCGAGCUGAAGGACGACUGGAGCAACUGGAGCAGGAGAUCAAUGAUCUGAGGAGGAGAGACGCUGAGCUGGAGCAGCUUUCACACACACAGGAUCACAUCCAGUUCCUGCAGAGUCUCCAGUCUCUCUCAGCUCCUCCUGAAUCUACAGACAUAAAUGAUGAUCUCUUCGGUUCUCUUGUUUCUUUUGAUGAUCUGAGAGAAUCUGUUCAUCAGCUGAGAGACAAACUGGAGGAUUUCUGUAAAGAAGAGCUGAAGAAGAUCUCAGACAGAGGUAAAGUCCUGGAGAUUGAUCUGCUCUCAGAAACCAGUCCAUCAUCAUCUCAUAUCAGGGAGAACAUCAUAUCAGAAAUGUCUUAG